AUGUCCCUUCGUUACCUGCCCCUGUUGUGCUGCUCGCUGGCUUCGGCAGCCAACCUCUAUGCCACUCAUUACUCGGGUUCUGUUUACACCCUAUCCCUAGAGGGCGGCGACGAUGGGUACUCUCUGUCCGUCGCAUCCGAGUUGAAGACCUGCGGUGACAUGCCCAGCUGGAUCACCCUCGACCCGGAGUCGAAGCUUCUCUACUGCUCCGACGAAACCGGCGAUGCCUCCAGCAACGGGUCCCUGACGGCUCUUUCCAUCGGCGAGGACGGUUCCUUGACCGAGGGUGCCAAGACGGGCGCCGCGCCGGGCGGCGGCGUCAACAGCAUCAUCUAUACCGGUGAUGACGGCUCCAAGUAUCUCGCCAUCGCGCACUAUGGUGGCUCCGCCCUUUCCACUUUCGCGCUUCCUUUGGAGGCCGACGUCGAGCCACUCCAGGUCUUCCACUUCGAGUUGACCAAGCCCGGCGCCGUUCCGCAGCAGGAUGCCUCGCAUCCCCACCAGGUCAUCCUUGACCCGACCGGAUCCUUCCUGCUCUCGCCCGACCUUGGCGCCGAUCAGAUUCGCGUGUACGCCAUCGACAAAUCCUCGGGAUCCCUGAACGACUGCCCGGCCAUCGAAUUCCCGCACGGCGCCGGACCCCGUCACGGCCUCUUCUGGAAGUCCGAGAGUCCUCAAUUCAGAUUCCAGCGGCGCGCGGACUCGCAAACCAUGCUCUACACGGUCAGUGAGAUCGGCGGCCACUUCACGGCCUUCGACGUCUCCUACAGCGACGACGGAUGUCUUUCGUUCCGUGAGACCCAGUCCUUCGUCCCCUACCCCGGCUCCGAGCUGCCUGAGGGCGCCACCCUCUCGGGCAUCCAGUCGGACGGCACUUCCCUGUACGUGUCCAUCCGCUCGGACCACGGAUUCGACCCCAACGACUCCAUGUCGACCCUGGCUCGCUCUUCCAACGGCACCGUGACCUACCGUGACCUGACCUCUUCGUACGGCACCGUCCCUCGCACCUUUGAGAUCAACAAGGCCGGCGACCUGGUUGCUAUCGGUAACCAGGCUUCGUCCAACGUGGCGAUCGUUAAGCGUGAUCCUCAAAGCGGUAAGCUUGGAGAAGAGGUCGCCAAUGUUCAGGUAGGAGAGGCGGGGGAGGUUGGUACUGCCGAGGGUUUGAGUAGCCUGAUCUGGGGUGAAUAG